GCCACUUCCGGCGGUGCCGCUGCCGUCCCGUCCGCUGCGCCGCCUGACCGCGGAGCGCAGGUUCCGGCCUGGGGGCGAUGCUGCCCGCGGCCGACGGCGCGGUGCGGCGGGUGCUGCGGGCCGGGGCGGUGGCCAGGCAUAAAGUGAUGAAGAACUGGGGUGUCAUCGGCGGGGUGGCGGCUGCCAUAGCGGCGGGGAUGUAUGUGCUUUGGGGGCCCAUCACCGAGAGGAGACGGCGCCGGAGAGGGCUCGUACCUGGCCUCCUUAACUUGGGAAACACGUGUUUUAUGAACUCCCUGCUGCAAGGCUUAUCCUCCUGCCCCUCCUUCAUCAAGUGGCUGGAGGAGUUUACAGCUCAAUACAAGACAGAGCAGAACCAGCCCACUGAGCAUCGGUACCUGUCACUUACUCUGCUGCAUCUCCUAAAAGCUUUAUCCUGUCAAGAGGUAACAGAAGAUGAUGUCCUGGACGCCAGCUGCCUGUUACAAGUUCUAAGGAUGUAUAGGUGGCAGAUCUCAUCGUUCGAAGAGCAGGAUGCUCAUGAGCUAUUUCAUGUCCUCACCUCUUCAUUAGAAGAUGAACGGGAUCGUCAGCCACGUGUGACACAUUUGUUUGAUGUGCAGUCGCUGGAGCAGCCAGAAAUAACCCAAAAGCAAAUAAGCUGCAGAACAAGAGGGUCUCUUCCCCCUGUGACAAAUCACUGGAAAUCUCCGCAUCCUUUUCACGGAAGGCUGACCAGCAACAUGGUUUGCAAACACUGUGAACAUCAGAGCCCUGUGCGGUACGAUACCUUCGACAGUCUCUCACUGAGUAUUCCCGCAGCAGUGUGGGGUCGUCCUAUGACACUCGACCACUGCCUCCAUCAUUUCAUCUCCUCUGAAUCUGUAAAGGAUGUUGUGUGUGACAACUGCACUAAAAUUCAGGCAGAAGGGACUCUGAACGGACAGAGCAUAGAAAAACAGAGAACAACAUUCAUUAAGCAGUUAAAGUUAGGAAAGCUCCCUCAGUGUUUGUGCAUCCAUCUGCAACGACUGAGCUGGUCAAACCAAGGCACUCCUCUGAAACGUCACGAACACGUACAGUUCAAUGAGUUCCUCACCAUGGACAUCUACAAAUACCGCAUCCCUGUUCAUAAAUCAAGCCAGAAUGAGUUGAAUCAGAAAACCUCUGAAGACACAACACCUGGUACAAAAGAUGGGAUGGCAGUAAAACCUUCAGAUGUGCAACAGCCACCUGGUACUAAACCGCUGUUUAUGAAUGGCGCCUGCUCCCCUUCAUUAACAUCCUCGGGAACUUUUCCACUUGUAGCAUUCCCUGAAUGCAGUUCCCCCGUAUACCUUUAUCGUCUGAUGGCAGUUGUAGUUCAUCAUGGAGACAUGCACUCUGGACACUUUGUGACCUACCGCCGCUCUCCACCAUCUCCCAAGAGUCCACUCUCUGUCAGCAGCCAGUGGCUAUGGAUUUCGGAUGACACUGUUCGCAAAGCUAGUUUGCAGGAAGUCCUUUCUUCUAGUGCUUACCUGCUGUUUUAUGAGCGUGUUCACUCGAGGGUACAGCACCAAAGCCUACAGUUUCGGGCCGAAGAGUGA